AUGGACGGGAAAUACGCCAAUGACCCCGUGUGGGCAAAUAUUACCCCAAUUCCACUUGAUGAUGGCGAAGGGUCUGAUGCCCAGCCCCUGGCGUGCAUUGCCUAUCCUACCGAAUACCUUGAGGCAACAUCUUAUCUGCGGGCCGUAAUGGCUGCGAAUGAGAUGUCUGAUCGCGCGUUGGAGUUGACUAAAGAUGUUAUUGCGUUGAACCCUGCGCAUUACACUGUCUGGAUUUACCGCGCCAAGAUCCUCUUCGCAUUGGAUAAGAGUAUCGAAGAAGAGAUUGCUUGGUUAAACGGGGUGUCUCUUAAAUACUUGAAAAACUACCAAAUCUGGCACCACCGCCAAGUACUCAUGUCCUCUCGCCAACAUUUCCCCACCCUGCCCCUCAAGGAACUAGACUUCCUAAUGGAAAUGUUCGCCCAGGACAGCAAAAACUACCACGUCUGGACAUACCGCCACUGGCUCGUCCGCCACUUCAAGCUAUGGGACCACCCGCGCGAAAUCGAAGACGUAAACGUCCUGCUAAAGAUCGACGUCCGCAACAACUCUGCCUGGAGCCACCGCUACACGCUCCGCUUUGGACCCCGCGCAGACGACCAGUUCGACGCCGGAAUGGCGAACGCUGGCGACAUGUCCACCACGCCGGCGGAUAAGGGCGUGUUGGCUGUUGUUGACGAGGAUAUGGUUGAUGGGGAGCUGAUGUUUGCGCAGGAGGCUAUUGUGCGGGCGCCGGAGAACCGGAGCCCGUGGGCGUAUGCGAGGGGUGUUUUGCUUGCCUCGGGUAGGGGGUUGGGAGAGUGGGAGGAGUUUGCGGCGAUGUUUGUUGCGGGGGAUGUGGUUAAGAGUUCGCAUGCUGUUGAGUGGUUGGCGGAUGUUUAUGCUGCUGAUUGGAGCAGGAAGGCGAAGGCUGUUGAGAUGUUGGGGUUGUUGGAGAAGUAUGAUCCUGUGAGAAAGAAUUAUUGGGAUUAUCGGGUUAAGAUGCUGGGGGAGAUUGAG